AGUUAGGAAUGGCUUGCAGAGUUGGCAAUGUCGUCUUCCCCUAGCUAAUCGGUCACUUAGCCCCGAAAUCACACAUACUCUCUCUCUCACAGAAAACGUUGUGUCUCGGCAGUUAAGCUGCUUCAAUCUCCUCACCUACCCAAGCACAGACUCUCUCUCGUCAUUCCUUCAUUUAUUGUUCAUUCAUUCUUUCAUUAAAUUCACAUACAUUGCUUGCAGUUCCUGUGUGUGGAAGUGUCUUUUCCCUCUGUCUCUUCAAUUAGAGUUUGUGUGAGCUAGAGAAAAGCAUUAGAGAUGCCGCUGGUGAGGUUGGAGGUGAAGAAUGAGUACGGCCUGGGAAAGCCUGAGCUGUAUAGAGAGGCCAGCAAAGAAGAUCCGAAAGCAAUCCUCGAUGGCGUCGCUGUUUCUGGCCUCGUAGGGAUCUUGCGUCAGUUAGGCGAUCUCGCCGAAUUUGCAGCAGAUGUUUUUCAUGACUUACAGGAGCAAGUCAUGAGCACAGCAUCUAGAAGUCAUAAAUUAAUGGUUCGUGUGCAACAUAUUGAAGCUGCACUUCCUCCUCUAGAGAAGGCUGUACUUGCCCAAACAAGCCACAUUCAUUUUGCAUAUACUGCUGGUACUGAGUGGCAUCCUCACAUUCGAAAUGAAACAAAUCAUUUCAUCUACAAUGACUUGCCGAGAUUUAUCAUGGAUUCCUAUGAAGAGGGCCGUGAUCCUCCACUUCUGCACCAGCUUGACAAAUUUGAUACCGGUGGUCCAGGAUCUUGUUUACGAAGAUAUUCAGAUCCAACCUUCUUUAGAAGACUAUCAGGUGAAUCUACUGAAGCCAAUACAGGGAAAGUCCAAAGAGAUAAGAAAGCUCGUAAAAGUAAGAAGAGAAGAUCAUUGCCUAGAAAUCGAGACAUAUCUCAAGGUGCAUCAGUAUCCAGUUAUAGCGAGAGCAAGAGGAAGUUUACUUCUCCAGUUAAUGCAUGGGCAUCUCCUUCUCAAACAGCUUCCACAGUUGAUAUGAGCUUAAAAUCUGACAUGGGCGAUCACUCGAAUUCUUUUGAUUCAAGAAUUGGAUCAGGCUAUAUUGAAUGUGUUUUCCACGCAAGUUCACCCUUGCAAUCUGAAGAGCAGGAGUCACGAGAAUUUUCUUCUAGGUUGAAGCAACACGAUGAUACCAUUCAUUUUGUUUUUCCUGAUGAGCCAACAAGGGUUGCAAACGAUAACUAUCCGCACAGUUCAUCACCGGAGCAGAUUGCGCCCAAUUCAUCUUGUGUUACAUGGGAUGAAAAAGCUGAAGUCAUGGAGCCUCAAGGUCAGUAUUAUAAUGGAGAUGAAUCUCUGGAGAUUUAUCCAACAAACUCUGACCUGGACGUAAUGGAUACAUGCACUGCCAACCAUGGAAACGAUGUUCGGAUGGAUAUCCAAUUUGACAUUGAUAACACGCUGAAAUCAUUUUCUAGUAGCAAUGAGCUUGAUGAGGUUGAGAGUGAACCAGAUACUUUUCUUGAUGCGUUAAACACUAUUGAAUCGGAAUCUGAAAAUGAUAUGGAUUGCCAAACAAUACAAGAAGUCAAGCAAUGUAGCUUCUCCAGUUUUAGUGAAGGAAGAAAUGCCGUAAUGAACAAUGCUUCAACUGAUAAGUUAGACCUUUGUCCUUCUGAAAAUGAAUCUCUUAGUGAACCUGACAUCAACUCGAAGGAGCAUGAAUCUCUUGGUGAACUUGACAUCAACCGGAAGGAGAGUCCUUCUGAACAUGGAUCUUUUAGUUCACCUGAGAUCACCUUGAAGGAGCAUCUUUCUGAACAUGGAUCUUUUAUUGAACCUGACAUCACCUCAAAGGAGCAUCCUAUUCAAUAUGAACCUCUGAGUGCACCUGAUAUCACCUCGAAGGAGCAUAUACCAUGUGAAUCACCCUGCUUGGUCUCCUUAGAAAAGCUUGAUUAUGAGCGGACACCUCAAGUAUGUGAAGAUUCUUCUGAUUUACACAGUUCUCCAGGAUUUGAGUUUUCUACCAUUACAAAUGUCCUUCAAAAUUCAAAAGUAGAGUCUAUUGACGAUGAUCCAUCAUCCUCUAACUCCAGAAUCUCCAGUUUAGAGGAACCACCAGGCUCUAAAAUCAUAAGCAACUCUUUUGAGUUGGGGCAAUCUCAUGCCAAACCUUUUAGUGUUCCAUCACUGAAGCUCUGGACGAAUGGUGGCCUAUUAGGGCUUGAGCCUUCAAAGCCUCCGGAUUUUUCAUCAAACUCUGCAAGUGGGGAUUCAAUGAUUGGGAGUAAAGAUGAGACAAUUUCUUCUUUAAAUUGCACUUCUCUGCCAAAUGGUUUUGGUCAGAUGGGGAGACCUGGUAUCAUGGAUAAGGAUCUUCAAAUCACCAGAAAGGUUUCAGAUUCUAAAUUUUCAAAAUCAUGUGAUGUUGAUCAAGAGAAUGGCAUCCCGGUGAGGAAGACAUCUUUGGCAUUUCCCGUGGUUGAUUCAGAUUCAAAACUUGAAAAAUACAUAGGUUCUCAACAUAGUGAUAGGCAUAGUCAAUGUGAUGCAACUAGGGUUGCUGAACCGAUGACAGGGAUGGCAGUUGAUCCAGAUGUUCUAGCUACGUCUAAUGAGGCCAGUCAAGAGAUUGAUGAAAACCCAGCUGGAAUGUUAGGACUUGGCCACCGGUUACUCCUGAAUGGCUUUCGUAGAAAGGUUUCACUUGUCCAUGAUGGAAAACCUGAUGUGGUUUGCCACCAGAAAGCUGGUAUAUUUGAUCAGAGAAGUGGGCACAACAAUGGCGUUCAUCAAAUGACUCCAGAUACAACUUUCAAACAGCAAUCAGGGCGUAAAUCUCAAGUAGAUUUGGUUACUUCUUCGCCACCGCUUGAGCAUAUGAAAAUAUCUUUCCACCCUGUAGAUGGUUUUGAAACUUCCAAACUGAAACUCAAAUUUCCAGAUACAAGCCAUUGUUCCGAAAGCAUAAGAGAUAUGUUUCCUUCAUUUCAGUUGGUCCCAGAGCCUACCACUGUUGUACAUGAUAUUGGUUCUGACACUGAUGAUGACACCUUUUGUCGAUCAUCUCCUUGUUUGUCAGAUGGUUGUCGUAGCUACUACUCCGAGUCAAAUUCUGAGCAAUGGGAAUCUGGUGAAAUGCUUCAAAGCAAAGACCACGAGCUCUAUGAUGCUUUAGGCAGAAUUUCAUCUGUGGAAUCUGUUUCAAGUUCUCUUCAGCUUUGGGAAAUAGCUGAUAGUGGUAACCACUUUGGUGGUGAAGAAGUUAAAAGCCUGUAUACUGAGAAUGGUGCAAAACCUUCUUUUUCUGGUCCUUCACUGGCUAUUGCAAGUAUGGGUUCUAUGAGUCCGAUUCUACAGCAAGAAACAAUGAACAACCCAGAUUCGAUUAAUCUCAAAGAAUCCAAGUGUCUUGGGGAGUCCACACCACUGCCGCCACCUCUCCCUCCAGCACAGUGGUGGGUCUUGAAGCCACAGUCAGAUGUGAAAGAAGAAAACUCACAUACUCUCUCGGAAGCUGAUGAACAUUCAUUUGAUCAGAAACCGUCUGGAUCUACCCAUUCCCAGCAACCAAAGGUAGCCCCAGUCACUGAGAAACAAAUUAUCGAGGAGGCCAUCUCAUUUAAAUCAAAGAUCUUGCAGGACCAAGGGAAGUUUAGGCAGAAAGAAGCUAAUCAGGGAGUGCAUGACAAAGGGAUAGAUGAAAAGGAAGAUUUCUUAGAGCAAAUCAGAACAAAAUCAUUCAACCUGAGACGCACGGUUCCAGCAAGGCCAACUACUACAUCAGUUCCCACGGCAAAUGUCAAAGUCACUGCAAUUUUGGAGAAAGCAAAUGCAAUUCGUCAGGCUGUUGGUAGUGACGAUGGAGACGACGAUACUUGGAGUGAUACUUGAUCUUUUUGUCCUGGAAUUAUACAAGUUAUUGUAAGCUAAUCCACACACAGUUCUGAGUUUGCGAAGUUGGUUUAAGCCGUUAAGGGGUGUAUUAUAUUUAUGUGAAUAGUCUCCCGAUCUCUUUGUAAUUAGUUUUUAGGCCUUACCUUGUAUUUUAAUUAUGAUUAGUUGCAUUCAAUUCUGAAGUAGGUAAAAUUUUGUUCUAAGCAUAGAUUAGCGUAGGUCAAUCGCGAUUUACUUUCUUCUACAAGGCACGUUUUAUACAUAAUGAAAGUUCCCUAAGUUCUGAUUUUCACUUCA